AUGUCUGUGUCAGCAAGGAGCUUAGCUUCGCUUGAAGGUCUUAGAGCUUCGUGUGUCAAGUUUUCUUCUUUCGGAACUUUGAAACCGGGGACCCUUAGGCAGAGCCAGUUCCGUCCUUUGGUUGUGAGAGCUGCUGCUGUGGUUCCUCCUGAGUAUACUAGAGUAAAGAAACCAGGAAAUCAUCGAGUCUUAGUUAAGAUCGAUGAAGAGAAGGAGGAAAAGCGGAUUGAAGAAGCAAAGGAAUUUUUCGAAUCUAACCCAACGGUGACAGAAGUUGCAUCUUGGCUAAUGGAAAAGGAUCCCGUCAAAGCGGAGGAUCUGAUCCAGAUGGACCGGGACACGUUUACUAAAGUCCUCAUGGAUCGAUUUGAAGAAUUUACAAUUGAAGUAGAGAAAGAUAAGCUUCCAAUCUAG